AUGCGUCUCACGGUUGAGUUGAUCCAGAACUCCCUCUCGUAUCUCAAUCCUCUCAAAGAGCGCGAGCUAGAUCUUCGAGAGAACUUCGGCGCGGCAAAGGACCACGAUGCAAUCGAUUUCACGGACAACAGCAUAUCCUCGAUAUCUAACUUCCCUUUCUCGCCUCGAUUACGAUCUCUCCUUCUCGCCCGCAAUCGCGUCUCGCAUAUCCAACCAACCCUCGCGACCUCACUUCCAAACCUGACAACCCUAGUCCUGACAGCAAACAAUUUUGCCGAACUAGCGGACCUGGAGCCGCUCAAGACGUUUCCCAGAUUAACGCAUUUGAGUCUACUGGAAAACCCAGUGACCAGGAAAGAGGUACAUCCCCUCAGCCCUCAGAGCUGGUUGUCGAAAAUUGCUAAUGACUACCAAAAAGUAAAAGACGCCGAACGUGAAAAGGCAAAGGAACUUUUCGGACCGUCGACGAAACAGCCCACAGCCCUAGCGUCGAAAAUACUAGGCAUAAAGUCCCGCGCGUUCGAUGUCUCUGCAGCUCUGGGCGCAGCAUCAUCUACUUCCUCGCCGGGAGGUGCGGGAAGUGAGAAACCGUUACGCGUCAAGCUGACGCCUGAGGAAAGGAAACGAGUCGAGAAGAUGAUACGAGAAGCCAAGAGUCUUCAGGAGAUCACCAGGUUGGAGAAGGAGUUGAAUGAAGGACGGAUACCUCGUGGUGCUGCUGAUGCAGAUGGCGAUAAGGACGUUGAGAUGACCUAA